AUGCUGGCUGCUUCGCUGAGGGGGGCCCUGAGGGCGGCGUCGUCUCUUUCUCCUCAGCCGCGAGGCCUCAGGCUCUCGGCCCCGCUGGGAACAGUCAUUGUGGAGCGUUGGUGGAAGGUGCCCCUGAGCAAGGAAGGACGCCAACCUCGGAUCAAGCACCGCCGGUUUCGGGUCUACCGUUUGGUGGAGGACACCAAGCAUAGCCCGAAGGUGCCGCUGGAACUCAUCCUCACGCAGCCUGUGGAGGGUGUGGGAAACCGUGGCGAUGCCGUCUUCGUGGAUAAGGGUUUCGGUCGCAACUGUCUCCUUGCCGGAAACAAGGCCGUUUACGCGUCCCCUGAAAACAAGGCGAUCUUUGAGGAGGAAAACCAAUUACGUCGGGAAGGCAAGCUGCCGAGACUCCAAACCCACAGCGGCAUAAAGACCGUCCGGUUCCUGCGGAACUGCACCCUAAACAUCGGCGUGAACGACUAUGACCAGUGGGAGCUGACCAAGGAGAUAGUGGCCCGCCAUUUCCUCCGAAACCUUGAGGUCGUAGUCCCCCUGCAUACGCUGACGCUGCCGGACGAGCCCAUCACGAAACUGGGCGAUUACUGGUGUGAGGUUACGGUGAACGGCCUCGACACCGUCCGGGUCCCCAUGUCGGUAGUGCGGUCCGCGACGCCCAUGGCCAGAAGCGACAGGCUUUGGCUGGCUGAGCACGAGCCGGAAGCCGCACCUGAGCACUAAUGCAGGAUGCCCUCGACGUCCCCGAGGAGGAUUAUGGGAAACUCUCUCUCAGGCCAUAAAAUGGAUGCAAUCCGGCUGUCUCUACAGCUCCGAAAAUGGAACCCGACAUCAAUUGGGGUUGGACAGGAUUCCCUCUGCAAACUGGACCCCUCAUACUUUGAGGGUGGCGGGGACAGUAUCUAAACGGGAAAGAGAGUUUCCCUCUAUCCUAAACCAUCUCUGGCAAGCGAGUUUCUUUUGGGUAGAACGGUUACUCCGGUCCACGUUUGCUUCUGCCCGCACGUCGCUCAACGGGGAGGAGAAACGUCUUGCAAAUAAAGGUAUUCCUGACUCGCAAA